AUGAAAAAGACUUUCAUAUUUUUAUACUGUGUGGUUCUUUUUAUUUCUACCACUCUAGCAGUUGAAAUGAAAAAAACUCAAGAUUUUAAUUUAAGAAUUUUCGAUCAACAUCCAAAAUAUAAUAACAAUUUUGAACCUGAAAAUGGUGUUUUAACAGUAAAUCUUGUAAAAUCAAUUCUAAAUGAAACCACUGGUAUUCCAGAGUUAACCACAAUGUCAAAUCUUACAACUGUCAAUAAACAAGGUCGUAUUUAUUCACCAGAAUUAUUUAAAUACUUUUUCGCUGAUAAUUCUGAUGCUCCAGAUAGAAACAAUAGUGGUAAAAAUUAUCCAUUAGAUAUUACUCUUACAAUGAAUUUAGAUGAUAAAUCAAAUUAUUUUUAUGAUAAUCAAGAAUUUUUCCCAAUUGAUGGAAGAGGAUUUGAUGUAGAUCAACAAUUCCGUAACUAUUAUGAUGAUGAAAGUAAAGCAAAUCCAAAACCAUAUCAUAAUUAUCACUUCUGUGCCAAAAUUACCAAUAGUCGUUUCACAUACAAAGGUUUUGAAACAUUUAGAUUCGUAGGUGAUGAUGAUGUUUGGGUAUUCAUUGAUAGAAAGUUGGUUGUAGAUUUGGGUGGUUUACAUAUUGCUCAAGAGAAAACUAUUGAUCUUACUAAACUUGGUCUUGUUGUUAAUAAACUCUAUGUAAUUGAUUUCUUCUAUUGUGAAAGACAUACUUCAAGAUCAACAAUUCGUAUUGAAACAACAAUUGAACUUCAAUGUCCAUGGUAUGAUUUCUGUGGUGUAUGUACUGGUAAUGGUUUAAGUUGUUGUAAUGUUACAAGAGAUUGUGAUGAUGGUAAUCCAUGUACAAUUGAUCUCUGUCCAGAGCCAACCGCUGUAUUUGAUCUAAAAGAUAUUUCAGCAAAUUGUCGUCAUCAAGAUAGAACACCAACUGACUGGAGUGUUACUGAUAAAUGUAAUACUGGUAAAUGUAAUGUUUCAACUGGUAUCUUUGUAACAAAUAUUACAAAAUGUAUUCCACAAAAUUCAUGUAAAGCAGAAGAUCAUUGUGAUUCAGGAUUGGGUUGUAUCUUUAAGAAUCUUUGUACUGAUGUUUGUUCAACUGGUGCAUGUGUUGAUGGAAAAUGUGAAACCAAGAAUAGUAAAAUUUGUAUUGAUGAAUUGGAUAAAGGUGUUGAAGAUAAAUGUUAUGAAUACUCUUGUGAUCCAAAUGUUGGUUGUACCAAGAAACCAAGAUGUCUACAAAAAUCUGAAAAUUACAAUCCAUGUUUAAAUUCAUUCUGUGAAGUCUCAACUGGAGAAUGUAAGAAUACAACCAUCCCACCUAAUCUAUGUGAUUGUCAAUGUGAUGGUAAACUUAACAAAUGUCAAAUUAAAUCAUGUAAUGCAGAUGGUUCAUGUAAACCAUUACCAAGUCUUGAAAUUGAUGAUAAAAAUCCAUGUACCAUUGAUGCAUGUGAUGAAACAACCGGUGUUAUUACCCACACUCUUUCAAAUAAAUGUGGUGGUUGUUCUAUUUGUAAUGGUGUAACUGGUGAUUGUGAUCCAGUUGACAAGAAAUGUGAUGAUGGUAAUAGAUGUACCACUGAAGUUUGUCUUCUUGAUAAAGCCACUAACAAUGGUAAUUGUUCAUCAAAACCAACCACAGAAUGUGAUAAAGGUGAUGUUUGUAUGGUUUAUUCUUGUGAUACUGAAAAAGGUUGUGUUGAAACUCCACGUGUUUGUCCAUCCAAAGGUAAAUGUCAAGUUGGUAAAUGUGUUCCAGGUGUUGGUUGUAAAUAUGAACCACGUGUUUGUAAAGCUGAUGCUUUCUGUUUAGUUGCUGAAUGUGAUGAAAUAGUUGGUUGUAUUCAAUUUGAAAAGAAAUGUGCUGCUGAUAAUGGUAGAUGUCAAGCUGGUAUUUGUAAGAAUGCAACUGCAACUGAAGAAGGUACUUGUGAGUCUGUUGAUUUCGAUCCAAAACCAUUCAUUUGUAAAACUGCUGCUGUUGUUUCAGUUGGUGUUGCUGUUGGUGUUGCUGUUGGUGGUGCAAUUGCACUUGGUGUCUUUAUUUUUGCUGGUAAGAAAGGUUAUGACUACUGGAAAGCAAGUCAAGGUGUUACAAUGGCCACAUCAAAUGCCAAUCCACUUUAUGAAAGCAAUCCAUCAGGUGGUGAAAAUCCAAUUUAUACUAGCCCCAAUUAG